UAAGGGCUGAUUACGCCGAGGGCUGGGUGGAGGCCGAGGGUUUCUGUGCGCGGCUGGGAGUGAGAAGCUGGCUGCUGCAGGGACCCCUCUCCCCCGGAAAUCAAGAUGAAUUUCUACCAUACAGAUCUAACCGACCUGAGCAAGAUGGAAGAAGAGGAACUGGAGAGGAUCAAGUGGCAUCGGCAGCAGCUGAUGGAAGAUAUUCAGAAGCUAAAGGACGAGAUUGCAGACGUGUUUGCACAAAUAGACUGCUUUGAAGAUGCGGAGGAGAGCCGGAUGGCCCAGAAGGAGAAAGAGCUGUGUAUCGGCCGGAAAAAAUUCAACAUGGACCCCAUAAAGGGAAUCCAGUACCUGAUAGACCACAAGCUGCUCUCUUCCAAAAUGGAGGACAUCGCUGAGUUCCUCUACAAGGGAGAGGGGCUGAACAAGACGGCCAUUGGCGACUACCUGGGGGAGAGGGACCCUCUGAACCUACAGGUCCUCCAGGCCUUCGUGGAACUCCACCAGUUCUCCAACCUGAACCUGGUGCAGGCUCUCAGGCAGUUCCUGUGGAGCUUUCGGCUGCCGGGCGAGGCCCAGAAGAUCGAUCGGAUGAUGGAGGCGUUCGCCACGCGCUACUGCGUCUGCAACCCGGGGGUCUUCCAGUCCACGGACACCUGCUACGUGCUCUCCUUCUCGGUCAUCAUGCUGAACACCAGCCUGCACAACCCCAACGUGCGGGACAAGCCCCCCUUUGAGCGCUUUGUGUCCAUGAACCGGGGCAUCAACGAGGGUGGAGACCUGCCCGAGGAACUGCUCAAGAAUCUCUUCGAGAGCAUCAAGAGCGAGCCGUUCUCCAUCCCUGAGGAUGAUGGAAAUGACCUCACUCACACCUUCUUCAACCCCGAUCUCGAAGGCUGGCUGCUCAAACUCGGACAAAGAACCCCGGGGCAUCAUUCCGCUGGAGAACCUCUCUGUCCAGAAGGCGGAAGACCCCAAGAAGCCGUACUGCCUGGAGCUCUUCAACCCCAACUGCAAGGGGCAGAAGAUAAAGGCCUGCAAGACGGACGGGGAUGGGAAGGUGGUGGAGGGCAAGCACCAGUCCUACAAGAUCUCCGCCUCCAGCUCGGAGGAGCGGGACCAGUGGAUCAAGGCGAUCCGGGCCAGCAUCACCCGGGUCCCCUUCUUCGACCUGGUCUCCGCACGCAAGAAGAAGAUCGCCAGCAAACAAUGACCCCCCCACGGGUGACUUUUGACUCCUUAAGACGGCCUGAUAAUUACCACCUUCCGGAGACUCCGGAGACCCUUCAGCCAUCCCGUGUCCCCAAGUCUCCAGGUUCUCGUGGAAACGGCACCUGGGGCUGGGGCGUAAAUUGGGGGCCGACACUGCCAGCUUUAGGGGCUUCUAGGGGCCCUGAGGCCCCCAAGAGCAUUCUUCUGGGACAGAGCCAGCUGCAUUUUCCAGCCAACGCGAUGAGGAACAGAGCAGGAGUUGGGGAAUUUGCUCCCUUAGAUCUCCGUCUUGUGGUACCAGCCUGCCACUGUCUUCUGUAGACAUUUGGGGGCAGAAAGGGGGCAACUUGGGGCUGCAUUUGGGGCUCCAUUAACGGGGCCUGGGCCUUGAGAAGAGAGGGCCUUGGCUGGUGGGAGAGCAGGUCCAGAAGCCAGCAGGCCCCAGGCUCCCCUCCCCAGGAUGACAGCUCUGGCUAGUUCGUCUUUCUCUCCAAAGCGGAUCCGCCAUGGUCUCAUCCCCCUUGCCUCCCCGGGCUCUGGGCAGCCAGAGCCACUGGCUUCCUGGGACUGGCAAUCUGGGACUUCCUGUUAAGCUCCAGAAACCCAGCCAGUUGACACUCAACACUAGUCUCUCCUCCGGCCCUCAACCCGCCCGUUCCUUGGGUCGCGCCCACCCCCGUGGGCCAGAUCUCCAGUGGAGUCUUAGCGGCCAUUGUCUUGGGGGAGAGGGCUGCCUUCUGAUCAUCCUUGUCUCUCCAACCGUGGCCGGAGCUCACCCUCUCCAUUCUGCCAGGGUUGGCAGUGGAUCGCCCAGAGCUGCAGAGGUCCGUAGAACUGAAGUCUUGAAGGGAUUGGCUCUCGAGGAGUUGGGGCUUGUGGGGGUAUGUCUCCCUUGUUAGGGUGUCAGCUCCUUGAGUGCAGGGAUCGUGUGUACUUUAUUGUGCUCUCCUAGGUGAUUAUUAUAGUGUUCUGCACACAGUAGACCGUCAUCUCCUAGAGGGCAGGGAUCGGGUCUACUUCAUUGUGCAUUCCCAAGUGCUCCACACACAGUAGUCUUUCUUGAGGGUUAGGAUUGUGUCUUUCUCUACUGUGUUCUCCCAAGUGCUUAGUACAGCACUCAACACACAGUAAAAUGUCAUCUCCUUCA